AAGGCAUGGUGGUAAGUUACAACCACCCCACGGCGAUACAAUUGCGAGUAGUAAAGAUACUUGAAGAAACUUCGAAUACAUAUCUUGCAUCAUAUUACUGCCAAGUGGCAACGAAUUGAGAUGAGAUGAGAAUGGGUUUUUACGUUUAGGUCCUUUUUCUUUAUCCAAAGAUCGUUAUUUGUCCAAUAGAUUGAAAGGUGAGAGAACUGGAGAAGUCAGAACUUCACCAGACUUUUUUGUCAACAAGAUUUCAACAAGACAAAAGUCACAAAACACUGAACGAUGAAUAUAAACACCUUUUUGAACCAACCAAAGCAGAUUCUCGUACCUCCCGCUUCCUUAUCUCUCAACGAUAAGCUUACUCUAGAUUCUUCUAGAACCCAUUUUCAGAUGUCUCGCCUGAUCUCCGUCCAACCCUCUCGCCGUCUCAUCGUCUCCAAUGCUGCUUCUUCUUCUCCUUCUCUCUCUGGCGGCUUCCAAGAUGCCGGAGCCCAAAGUAAAGAGGAGAUAGAGGCUGAAACAGAACAGGACCCAAUGAACUUAGCUGAUCCAGACAGCUGUUUCUGUGAGUUUCAAGGUGUUCAUAUACACCACAAAGUUUUUGACCCACAAACACUCUCUGAUGAUGUUUCAACUACAAGCCUCGAUCCUCAAGAAACUCGAAAAACAGACUUCCCCAUGAUUCUAUUGCACGGCUUUGGCGCUUCUGUGUUCUCCUGGAACAGAGUUAUGAAGCCUCUGGCUCGGCUUGUCCGUUCUAAAGUUCUCGCCUUUGAUAGACCAGCAUUUGGCUUGACUUCUCGGAUGUUUCACCCGUUUAGUGGUACUACCAAUGAUGCAAAACCUUUGAAUCCCUACUCCAUGGUGUAUUCCGUGCUCACUACGCUGUACUUCAUCGAUUUUCUUGCUGCCGAGAAGGCCAUUCUUGUGGGGCAUUCUGCAGGUUGCCUUGUAGCUGUAGAUUCUUACUUUGAAGCUCCUGAGCGUGUUGCUGCUCUCAUUCUAGUUGCUCCAGCUAUAUUCGCUCCUCGUCCUGUGGUCAAAACUGAUGUUGGAGAUAACCGAGGCAAAGAAGCUUCCACGAGCAAUUUUCUAGGGACUAUAGUUGAGUUGACCAAAGUCGUUAUAAGAGUAAUUUUAAGAGCGGUAACAGGGAUGGCGAAUAUGCUUAAUUCUCUAUACAAGAAAGCUUUAGCAGCUUUCCUCAGAUCCUUUAUUGGAGUAAUGCUGGUGAGAAUGGCAAUCAAUAAAUUCGGAGUAACAGCUGUUAGAAACGCUUGGUAUGACUCAAAGCAAGUGACGGAUCACGUCGUGCAGGGUUACACAAAGCCUCUAAAAGCCAAGGGAUGGGACAAAUCUCUUGUGGAAUUCACCGUCGCUACAAUAACAGAUACUAAUGGCUCAGAGAAAAAACCUCCAUUGUCGAAAAGACUGCAAGAAAUCAAAUGCCCCAUUCUGAUUGUGACUGGAGAUACGGACCGGAUUGUGCCAGCAUGGAACGCAGAGAAGCUGGCACGAGCCAUACCGGGAUCAGUGUUUGAAGUAAUUAAGAAAUGCGGUCAUCUUCCUCAAGAGGAAAAGCCAGAUGAGUUCAUAUCUAUUGUUGCAAAGUUUCUAGAGAAUGCUUUUGGAGGGUCACAACAACAAGGAUCGAACUUAAAGUUUCAAGGCAUUGUAUCAUGAAAUGAAACUAUUUUUUAUAGCUCAAUCAAAACUUGGGGUUGGGACGAAAGAAUUGAUGUUAUUAGACCUAAAGAAACAAGGUAAGACCAGAUAAUAUAUAAAAACCUAGAGACAUUGAUUCUUCAA